GCAUGAUAAAAUGCCGAUGCUAGAAGAUGCCUUGUCGAAUGUACGGGUGCUGGCUGAAAUCUCGAUUGCCGAUGCGGUGCCGGCAAUUGAAGCUUACUCCACCAGCCUUCUGUAUCGAGCGGAUUUCGAUACGAACUUUCAAGACAGGAAUUCGUUUAUCAUGGGAAAUGCCAAGUUCAACGAGGAAGCUGUCGUGCAGGCUAAUUUAAACACUUUGUUGGAAGAGGGAGAGCAAUAUGCAGUCAUGAUGUACACCUGGCGAUGUUGCUCCAGGGCUCAACCGUUGCCUGCCACAGACCAAUAUGAUAAAAUUGAAGUCUACCAGAAAAUUAUUGAUGUGUAUGAACCGGAAAUAACUAAGUUGAAGAACUUCUACUAUUUUGUUAACAAAGCUACUGAAAGGUUUAUUACUGAAAUAAAACGAAUGUGCAGAAAAGAUUUCGUGUCAGAAGUGUAUUUGUGGACGCUUGGUCGGUUUAUUAACAUGUUUGCAGUUUUGGACGCGCUGAAGAACGCAAAAGCCUCGAUUAAAAAUGAUCAUGCUGCUUACCGACGAGCAAAUCAGAUCCUGAAAAAGAUGAAUGACAGUCAAAUGAUACACGAAUCUCAGAACCUAACUCUGUUUCUGGCAGACAACGACAAAAUUUCGAAAAGUUUGCAAACAAAACUUGAGCAUAUUCAAGGUGCUGAAGAUUUGCUAGCUGACGUGCUGAAUGCAUGCUGCAACAUGUACGAAAAUAAACACUAUGUGCUUCCAAAGGAAAAAGAAAUCAUGCUUAAGGUGAUGGUUUUCGGGCUAUACUUGCUGGACGGAAUGAAUAUUCCAGUUCACAAACUGGAAGAAAAGAAGAAGAUAAACGUUACUAAAAUUGACAGAUUCAUUAAAAACUUACAAGUCGUUCCCAUCUAUGGAGACAUGCAAAUUGAGCUCCCCACCUACAUCAAAAAGUUCAAAUGUUAUCACGACAAUUCUGCCCGCUGGACAUGCACACAAACCGGAAAUGUUUGCAUUCAGUCAUCAAUAAUGGACAAAAUUGCUCCAAUGAGAGUAGAGCAUCAUGCUCUCAUCGUGGAGCUGAGUAAAAUUCGAAACGAGGCGCUUUUGGGCGAAUAUUGUGCUGCUGAGAAGCUAGACCAGAGAAAUAAAGAAAUAUAUCUGGCAGCUUUGCAUUGUCUGAGGUCAGUUGCUAGCUGGAACUCAGCAAUAUCGGAAGUGUUUUCCUGGAAAUUAGUCAACCCUUCCAGGGACAAAGCACAUAAAGUUAAUGAUGACGCUGACACAGAUUACGCUUUGGUUACAAAAUAUAAUUACACUCCGGAGGAAUGUUCUGCCAUAGUUGAAGUCAUUUCGAUGAUCAAGAGCAUGCAGAAACUCAUGUUUGAAAUGGAAAGUAUGCUCGUUGAAGCAGUCAAAGGAUACACUUACUACGAACUGCAAAGUUUUGUACAGCUUGCGCUGAGAGAACCAAUUCGCCAGGCGGUCAAGAGAAAGAGGUACAAUUUACAGCAGCAUCUGCAGGCAAUCCGCGAUUGCUGCGCCGACUGGAACGACAAACGGCCUCCUGUUGAUGAUCCGGCGUUGAAAGGCGAGAAAGAUCCAAAAGGGGGUUACACGAUUAUUCUGCCCCGAAAGUCUGUCGGACCUUCCAGUACACAAUUGUACAUGGUUCGAACGAUGAUCGAGAGUUCCUUAAGUGAACGAGGAGCCGGAGGAGCUAAGAAGAAGGACUCGCUGAGAAAAGAACUAGAAGGCUCAUGCGUGCAGACAAUUGAGCAGUUCCACCAAAACAGUUACUUCUGGAGCUACAUGUUGAAUUUCAAUCAGAGUCUAUUCGACGCAUGUGAUUUAUCCCAGCUUUGGUUCAGGGAAUUCUAUCUGGAAAUGUCCAUGGGAAAACAUAUCCAGUUUCCAAUCGAUAUGUCCAUGCCCUGGAUCUUAGCCAGCCAUGUUGUCAGUUCGGACGACUGUAGUGCAAUGUUGGAACACCUCCUGGUACCAUUCGAUCUCUAUAACGACUCAGGCACCUAUGCUCUCACGAAAUUCAAAAAACAAUUUCUAUACGACGAGAUAGAAGCAGAGCUCAAUCUCUGUUUUGAUCAACUGAUCGUAACUCUAUCUGAGAAAAUCUACCAGCAUUACAAAGUGUUGUCUUCAAGUUUGCUCUUGGAUAAGAAAUUCAGAGCUGAAAAGUCUAAAUUGGGUCAAGACCUUCCGUUCCCACAUGGAAUCAGAUACGACACAAUCCUUCACCAACGUCACGUGCAAUUGCUCGGUCGAUCAGUGGACCUGAAUCGCGUCAUUGGUCAGCGAAUCAAUUCGCUGUUCCAGCAGUCUCUAAGAGUCGCCAUCCGACGGUUUACAAGCCGCGAUCUACAUGGUCUGGUAGAGCUGGACACAUUACUCGAAGUGAAUAAAUUAUGUCACAAACUUCUCAGCGAAUUCGUUUUGCUGCCGACAUUCGAAGAUUUAGUCAAGGAGGCUAACAAUAAUAUAACAGCGCCGUAUGGCAUAAUAACUGUUCAUGUUUACCAUGAGAUAAACCAAAGCUUACUACCAGGCUACACGUUUAACUUCAGUACACAGCGAUUUGUGAAGCAGUUAGUUAGCAACGCAGGCUUGCCUCUGAAGCACCGUGAGAAUCCGUUGAGUCAUGUGGAAUUGUUUCAUCUGUUUGGGUCAGCACCGCUGAACAAAGCGUAUGCACAGAUAUGUGAUCUAAGCUCGAAGUUUAUUGGCGCGGAACACAUGAAGAUUCUAUGCAGGGUGUUGGGGUACCAAGGGAUAGCUGUUCUGAUUGAAGAGAUUGUCAAGGAAGUGACGUCAAGUUUGGUGCCCACUGACAACCUCACAGAUGUCCACCUGGCUAAUCGAGUCGUUCGACUUCUGAAGGUGAUGCCUUACGAGAACAAACUUUGCAGUUUACACGUCAAAGUAGACGAGGCACUUCAUCAGUACAUUCAGAGCCAAUACAAUCUCUUCCACAGUACCGAUAGGGUCGGACUCAUGCACUCUUUGAACCACCUGGGCAAUGCAGUCCAGCUAGUCCAGCUGCUGGAACAGAAUCUAUCGCUCGAGGAAGUGGAGGACCUGAUCCAGGCCUCUUUCUUCCAGAUGAACAUCCCGAAGCAGUUCAUCAGACCGGGUGAUAACAAAGAAGAGAAAAAGAAACGAGCAGAAGCCAAGUACAGAACGCACCACGCAGUCUCAGUAAUCGAGAACUGCUGCUCCGAAACCGAGGCAAAUAUUGUACGCGAGUCAGAUUUGCUCACAAAGGAACGGCUUUGUUGUGGACUGUCAGUGUUCGACACGUUCCUAAAGCGAAUUGGACAGACUUUGUCGAACCAUACACUAUGGCAAAAUAGGCAGGAUAAAUUAGCGGCUCUUAUGAGCGGAGCGGAUAACGGAGAGUUCUACCGACUAUGGAGCGGGAUGCAACUUUGUUACGCCAUACCUCCCCCACCCAUGUUUAAACAGUCACAUAACUACCUCGCAGUUGACGUAAUAGGAGAUGGGGUCGUCUUAGGUGCAUGCACUCUAAUGGCACUCUGUGGCCAACAGAAAAAGUUCGAAGCCACAGACAUGUGCUUUUCUCUACUUGACAAUGCAGACUGUGACGACCAGCCGCUCAAAGAAAUUCUUGUUCUCUCGAACUCGAGUGAAAGUAUAAACAUUGCGGACUUUCUGCAACGGGUGAAAUCUUUCCAGGCGCUGCACACACAGUUGUUCAACAUGAUAAACAGAUAUUUGCAAGUUCCCUCUGACAGUUCCGCGGAUAAAGUGCACAAUGUUAACGUGUACGGCGUUCAAACUGCAACUGUUAGUCGAAACUGGUGAUUCAGAAUUAUUUAUCGAACUUAAACCAAUUAUUUAUUAGAAAUAAUGUUAACAUUGUAAAGAGGAUUUUGCUAAAUUUGCUAUUUUGAAGCAUGUUUUGUCCCUUCGUUUCUUACUUAUUUCACUGCAAUUUUCAGAACAGUUUUAACCCCAGUUGCACAAAUAACCUAGAAAAUAGCUGAUCCAAUAAUUUCCUUUUCGCUAUUUUCAAAAUUCUGGUAAUUUAUAAAGUUAAUAAUUUAUUUGCUUCCGGGUCUAUUAAGAAAUUUUAAAAGAUUUAAUUCUGGCUCUCGGAUUUAAAAGACGCAGUAGAUAUUUGAAUUUUGCUGAGUAAAUUUGUUCUUCCAUCAAACAGCAAAUGAUAUUGGUGUUAGUUUUUUAAAUUUAAUUCAUAGAAGCUUGCAGUUUGAAUUCUUCUAAUUUUUGUAACAGAAGUUGAUUGCUCUAUUUGACAUUCAGCAGUAAAAUUUCAAUUUGGAAAUUUUAGCCCACCUUGCAUGUCAUUUCUAAAGUAUUUUUGUUUAUAUUUGGUUCCAUUUCGAAUGCUUGCAAAUUUUUCUUAUAAUAUAGUGAUGGAUUUAACAUUUUUUUUGAUAAAAAAGCACUUUAGUGUAAUAAGUGGAGGAAUUGACCGUGAUGGUGCAAUAUUAUUCAUUAAUGACAUAAAGAUGAUGCUAUGUAAUAUAACAACUUUAUUACAUAACGCUAACUUGCACCAGAUUAUGUAAUAGCCGGACACCUUCACCAUUUUUGCAUCGCUGUUCUAUCUUAUUGUGUCUCGAAUUGUGAUGUGUCCCUGAAAUGAUAUAAGCAAGCCAUUAGUCAGGUGGUCAUUUCAUAGUAGAAUAGCUGAUAAACAACUUUGAAUUCAUUUUUCGGUAUU